AUGGAGCUGGGCGAGAAGGUGAUGAAUGAAGCUGGAGACCUCGACAAGCUGGAGGUAGGGAGGAAACUGCAGAGAGAGAGAGAAGAUCUGGAGGAGGGGGCCCGUGUUUGGGUCAAAGAGAAGGAGCAACUGGUUCCCGCUACAGUCAACUCCUGUGGAGAUGGAACACUUGUCCUCACAACCGACUAUGCAGAGGUGUUGUACCUGCAGCAGGCGGAGAUCACCAGGGAGCGGGUGUACGCGAUGCACCAGUCCAGCAUCGAUGGCGUGGAGGACAUGUCGGCGCUGGCUGACCUGCACGAGGCCGCCAUCAUGCACAACCUGUACCAGCGCUACCAGAAGGAUAACAUCUAUACUAAUAUUGGCAGCAUCCUGGCAGCAAUCAACCCCUAUAAGCAGAUCGCAGGUAUGUAUGGUCCAGAGAGGGUGGACCAGUACUCCAAGCACCACAUAGGCGAGCUUCCUCCGCACAUCUUUGCCGUGGCCAAUGAAUGCUACCGCUGCAUCUGGAAACGCCACGACAGUCAGUGUGUCCUCAUCAGUGGUGAAUCGGGGGCAGGGAAGACGGAGAGCACUAAGCUGUUGCUUCAGUUCCUGUCGGUGAUGAGCCAGAACUCGGCCGGGACUGCCCCAACGGAGAAGAGUACACGAGUGGAGCAGGCCAUCGUGCAGAGCAGUCCGAUCAUGGAAGCUUUCGGUAAUGCUAAGACUGUUUACAACAACAACUCCAGUCGCUUUGGGAAGUUUAUACAGCUUCACUUCUCUGAGGGAGGCAACAUCCAGGGAGGCUGCGUCAUCGACUAUUUACUGGAAAAGAACCGAGUGGUGCGACAAAACCCUGGAGAACGAAACUACCACAUCUUCUACGCUCUGCUGUCAGGUGCUAACAAAGACAAUAAAAGUCUCUACUUCCUGGAAGACCCUCCUGAAUCUUUCCACUACCUCAACCAAUCAGGAUGCAUGAAGGACAAGAGCCUGAAUGACAAAGAACUGUAUAACAGUGUCAUGGAGGCACUGAAGGUGUUGGACUUUGCAGAGGAGGAGAUCAGAGACAUGUUUAAGCUGCUGUCAGGAGUCUUACAGCUGGGAAACAUCGAGUUCAUGACUGCAGGAGGAGCCCAGAUCACCACCAAGCAAGUGAUCACUAACGCCAGUGAGCUGCUGGGCCUGGAUACCUUCCAGCUGUCCGAAGUGUUGACUCAGCGCUCAAUAAUCCUCAGAGGAGAGGAAAUCUGCUCGCCACUCACUAUAGAGCAGGCGGUGGAUUCCCGGGAUUCUGUUGCCAUGGCGUUAUAUUCCCAGUGUUUCUCCUGGAUCAUCCUCAAAAUAAAUCAGAAGAUCAAAGGGAAGGAAAACUUCAAAUCCAUCGGCAUCCUCGACAUCUUCGGCUUUGAGAACUUUCAGGUGAAUCGAUUCGAGCAGUUUAACAUCAACUACGCCAACGAGAAGCUUCAGGAAUACUUCAACAAGCAUAUCUUCUCCCUGGAGCAGCUCGAGUACAACAGGGAAGGUGUCCAGUGGGACGCCAUAGACUGGAUGGACAAUGCAGAGUGUCUGGACCUUAUAGAAAAGAAACUGGGCCUGUUGGCGCUGGUGAAUGAAGAGAGCCGAUUCCCCAAAGGAACUGACUUCACUCUGCUGGAGAAGCUGCACAGCCGACACGCUACAAACCCUUUCUACUUCAAGCCCAGACUUGGCGAUCAUCAGUUUGGUAUCAAACAUUAUGCUGGGGAGGUCCUUUAUGAUGGUCGAGGGAUCCUGGAGAAGAACAGAGACACCUUCAGAGACGACAUCCUAAACAUGCUUAAGGACAGCAGACUGGACUUCAUCUACGACUUGUUUGAGAAGGUCGGCAGCAGGAACAACGAGGAGAAGAUGGGAACAGCCCGACGCAAACCCACCGUGAGCUCCCAGUUCAGAGACUCACUACAUUCUCUCAUGGCCACUCUGAGUGUCUCCAACCCUUUCUUCAUUCGCUGCAUUAAGCCAAACAUGGAAAAGAAUCCAAGUGUGUUUAACCCUGAGGUCGUCCUGAACCAGCUGAGGUAUUCUGGGAUGUUGGAGACAGUGAAAAUCCGUCGGGCCGGGUUCCCCGUCCGCAGAACUUUUAAAGAUUUUGCCAAUCGGUAUAAAAUCAUUCAGAAAGAGAAAUCCCUAUCAUCAGCAGCAGGAGAUGAUAAGAAGAAAUGUACAGACCUUCUGUACAGAUAUGACAAGACCAAGAAAGAAUGGCAGUUAGGCAAGACCAAGGUGUUUAUGAAGGAGGCUCUGGAGCAGCGUUUGGAGAAAGACAGAGAUGAAGUUCGACGUCAAGCUGCCAUGAUCAUUCGAGCCCACCUUCUCACUUUCUGUGCUAAGAAGUUCUUCAAGCGUGCUCGCGCCAGUGUCGUCACGCUCCAGAAACACCUCAGAAGGCACCUCCAGCGCAGGCGGUUUGUGAGGCAACGUAAGGCAGUGCUGGUGCUGCAGAGACACAGGCGAGGUCAGGUCGCUCGUACUCGCGUUCGGAAAAUAAGAGAGGAGAAGAAGAAGAAAGAGGACGCAGAGAAGAAGAAAGCCGAGGGGGCGGAGGAGGAGAAAAAGGAAGGAGCUGAGAAGAAGGCUGAAUCACCAGAGGACGAUGAUAAUCCUUUAGUUGAGGCCCGGCAGAUGGAAGAUAUCCUGCAGUUGGAGCGAGAGAUCGAGCGCCUGCAGAAGAAGCGAGAGGACGAGGUGUCCCAGCUGUGUGAGUCCUCCAAACAGGAGCUGCAGCUGCGGCGGGACGCUGAGAUCAAACGCAUGAAGAAGGAGGCGUCCCGCAAAGCCACGGAGCUCAUCGACCUCCUGAACUUCGGAGGCGUGGACCCUUCGAUGGGAGCAGAGGUGGCGCCCCAGCCUGCUGCAGAGGCGAAACCCCCGAAACCUGCAAAUGCCACCAGAGGAGCGUCCAAAGAGGAGGAGGUGGACGAGGGGUUCCAUGCUGAGGACGAGUGCAUCCCCCUCCCUGACUUCCCUCCUCCUGCUGAGACAGACGCUCCCAUCGAUCAGGAAAUAUUCGCUCACCUCCCUCCUCCGCCGCCUGCGUUCGCAGAGGGGACAGUGCCUCCUCCAACCCCUCUGCCCGCAAACGGUGCCCCUGUUCCUGGAAUUCCUCCCCCUCCACCUGAGGAUGGUGCUCCUCCUCCUCCUCCUCCUCCUCCUCCUCCACCACCUCCCCCAGGAGACGGGGAAAAGGAAGAUGGAGACUCAGAGAGGCAGGUGAGCAUGGUGGAGAGCCUGGCGGACGGAGAGGAGCCCAUCUACAGCAUGCCGGCCGACACCGAGUCCGACUACGACCAGGAGGAGGAGGACGGCUCCGUCAACGCCGGGGACGACAGCUCCGUAUCCGGGAGCAACCGCGGGAGCGCCGCCGCGACGGACGAGGAGCACCCGAGGAAGUCCACGUGCACCAACGCCAGCAUCGAGUCCUACAGAGGCAGCUCCGACUCUUAUGCAGACAGUGACGAUGAACAUGAUGGCAUGAUGGACACUGAUGAAGAAGUGAACAAUGGCAGAGUGACCUUGUUUAAUGGGAAUGGACCACCAUAUUUCCAUGGCUUCCUCUACAUGAAGGCUGGUCUGAUGAUCCCGUGGAGGAGGCGUUGGUGCGUGCUGAAGGAUGAAACCUUCAUGUGGUUCCGGUCCAAACAGGAGUCUCUGAAGUCCGGCUGGCUCUACAAGAAGGGAGGAGGACUCUCGACUCUCUCACGGAGAAACUGGAAGAUGCGCUGGUUUGUGCUGAGAGACUGUAAACUGAUGUACUACGAGAACGACAGCGAGGAGAAGCUGAAGGGAACCAUCGACAUCAAAGCUGCCAAAGAGAUAGUGAAUAACCAUGAGAAGGAGAACGCUUUGAACAUCGUGACAGAUGACAGGACGUAUCAGGUGUUUGCUGAGUCGCCAGAGGAUGCAAGUGGGUGGUUUAAUAUGCUCAGUAAGGUGCGUGUGUGCACUCCUGAGCAGCUGCUGGAGAUGUCCCAUGAACAGGCCAACCCAAAGAACGCUGUGGGAACUCUGGAUGUGGGGCUGAUCGACUCGGUUUGUGCUUCAGACAACCCUGAUCGGCCCAACUCUUUUGUCAUCAUCACGGCAAACCGUGUGAUCCACUGCAACAGCGACACACCGGAGGAGAUGCAUCACUGGAUCAGUCUGCUGCAGAAACCCAAAGGAGACGCCAGGAUAGAUGGACAGGAGUUCCUGUGCAGAGGCUGGCUCCAAAAGGAGAUGAAGACGAAUGCUAAGAGCACCUCCCUGAAGCUGAAGAAGCGCUGGAUUGUUUUGACCCACGGCUCUCUGGAUUACUACAAGAGCUCGGAGCGAAACUCCUCCAAGAUGGGAACUCUGGUCCUUAACUCGCUCUGCUCAAUCAUUCAGCCGGAUGAACGGGUGCACAGGGAGACAGGUUACUGGAACAUCAUCGUCUACGGGAGGAAGCAUUCCUACCGCCUCUACACCAAGAUGCUGAACGAGGCCAUGAGGUGGACAGCUGCCAUACAGGGAGUCAUAGACAGCAAGACCCCGAUAGAGACCCCGACUCUGCAGCUCAUCAGAGACAUCAAGGAGAACAGUGUAAACGCAGACAUCGUGGAGCAGAUGUACCGGAGGAACCCCAUCCUCAGAUACACUCAGCAUCCUCUGCACUCGCCUUUACUGCCCCUCCCUUACGGAGAGGUCACCAUCCUCCAAAGGCAGCAGGGCUAUGCCAGUCUGCAGGAUGAGGCGGUGAGAGUUUUCAACUCCCUGCAGGAGAUGGAGACGCUGGCGGACACAGUGCCCAUCAUUCAGGGCAUCCUGCAGACCUGCCAGGACCUGCGCCCUCUCAGGGAUGAGGUAUAUUGUCAGGUGAUCAAGCAGACCAAUCAUGUGCCUCAGCCUAACAGCCCCGCCAACCGGGCUCACUGGCACCUGCUCACCUGCAUGAGCUGCACCUUCCUCCCCAGUCGAGUCAUCAUCAGAUACCUCCGCUUCCACCAGAAGAGGGUACGGGAGCGUUAUCCUGGUACGGAUAUCGAGCGUUACGCUGGUUUCAUUGGGGAAUCCCUGAAGAAGACCAAGACUCGUGAGUUUGUCCCCUCUCAGGAGGAGAUCGCCGCCCUGCUGGUGAGACAGGAGAUGAGCACCAUCGUCUACUGCCACGGAGGAGGCUCCUGCAAGAUCUCCAUCAAUUCACACACCACAGCUGGAGAGGUUGUGGAGAAGUUGAUCAGAGGCUUGGCCAUGGAGGAGAGCAAGAACCUGUUUUCUCUGUUUGAACACAACUCCUGCACAGACCGAGCUUUGGAGAGCAGAGUGAUCGUGGCAGAUGUUCUGGCCAAGUUUGAAAGGUUGGCAGGCAGUGACGAAGAGGAGGAAGAAGGAGAAUGGAAACUCUACUUCAAGCUCUACUGCUUCUUGGAUGUAGAGAGCAUGCCAAAAGAAGGAGUGGAGUUUGCGUUUAUGUUUGAGCAGGCUCAUGAGUCUUUGAUAAGCGGUCACUUCCCGGCCUCAGAGGAGGCUUUGCAGCACUUGGCCGCUUUACGUCUCCAGUAUCUCCACGGCGACGGGGCAGGACGAGCCGGAUGGAGCCUGGGUAGCGUUUAUCCUGUCAGACGCCUCCGCAAUCGCAUCCUUCACUCCACCAAGCAGGGUGCUGGGGCGGCAGGUGGAGCCGGAGGAGGAGGAGCAGGAGCAGGAGACGGGAAGGGAGCGGUGGGAGGACCGGGGGGCGUGGGGGUCGAGAAACGAAGGACCCCGAGCUUCCUGGACGGCAGCCUGAGGAGAAGUUUUAAAACUGGGUCUCUGAAGAAGCAGAAGGUGGAGGAGGAGCAGAUGCACGAGAUGUGGGUGAAGGAGGAGACGUCGGCCACACGGACCAGCGUGCUGGAGAAGUGGACCCGGCUGCAGGGCAUGACCCAGCAUCAGGCCAUGCUUAAAUACAUGAGCAUUAGCAAGGAGUGGCCUGGAUAUGGAUCUACUCUGUUUGAUGUGGAGUGUAAAGAGGGUGGUUUCCCUCAUGAUCUGUGGCUGAGUGUGAGUGCUGACAACUUGUCGGUGUAUAAGCGAGGCGAUCCGAAGCCCCUGGAGACCUUCCAGUACGUUCACAUCACCUUCUUUGGGGCGUCACAGCCCUGCACCUACAAGAUCAUCGUGGACGAGAGGGAGAUGUACUUCGAGACACCACUGGUUGGCGAGAUCACCAAGAUCAUGAGGGCCUACAUUAACAUGGUGGUGAAGAAACGCUGCAGCACCAUGUCGAUUACCAGCACCGGCAGUACCUGGGCCAGGUGAUUCCCACAAACCAAUCAGAGCCCGGUUCAUCCAGGGGCCACAGGCGCCUCUGGCCCCCCUGCAUUGGUUGGUUGUUUUUAUAUGGAGGCAGUCGCACCAACCAGCUAUUCCUCAAAGCUGAAUCAAGAGUGAUGGAUGAUCGAAUGGGAGGACACAGAAGCCAAACGCACACUACUGGCCUGGGUCUCACUUGGGAUAGGGGGAUCUAUUUAAAAAUGUGCAUGUCAAAGAAAACCACCUGUUUUUUGGGACGGUCCUUUCAAAUACAUAACCCGCCAGUUGUAGUCCUGCAUGUAGAUGUUCAAGCACACUCCAAACUUCUCUCCGCUUCCCUUUUUCCGGACAAAACUCAGUAAUAACAAGCACAACUCAGCCGCCCAAUACAAGCCCCCCCCCACCCC